CAUUGUUUUGGAAAUGGCGAAUACGAAAACAGAUAGUGAACCAUUUGGGUUAUGCAAAAAUGACGCAGAUUUCUUGAAAUAUUUUCAUAUAAGCCUAAAAGACAUAAGAUCUCUUAUCAUAAGCAGCAUAGGGUAUUACCAGAGAGGAAAAUCCAGUAUCCGUUCUUGUUAUUACACCGCUUUUUGUGUCCUCCUGGAGCGAACUCAAGUGUUGGAACCCCUGGUUAUUGAGAUAGUACCACACCUCCAUCUGUAUGACUUUUCUUCAGAGGUUCAGGCAAACGGUUACAGGAGUUUCAUCAGUAUUGUGAAUAGAUGUGUAAUUCAUCUUCUACAACUAUGCCGGCACAUCAACGUGAACAAAACCAGCAUGCUGUUCAGGUCAUCCUUCUACCUCAAGGAGCUCGAGGCCUAUGUGGAGACACUAGGACAGCUCAUAGCCUGUCUAGGUUACCUGCAAAAGCUGAUGUCUGUGAGUGUGCCGGGAGAGCUAUUUAUGGAUGAGGGGGUGGGCGAUGACCUCCUGCUACAAGUUGAGAUGCUCAACACUGACUGCUUUUACAGCAGAUGCCUUGGUCUGCAGUUUUGUGAGUCUAUCAAGAAGGCCUUACAGGCGGUAAUGGUUGUCAUGGCAACAUUCAGCGAGUGUUACGACGAGCCGUCACAAGUCAUCCAGGUUGCGUCUUCUCUCCUAAACAGCGGAAAAUACAUCCUAGAUGAAGAUGUUCGAGCAAAACAGGUAGUUGACAUCACGAGGACAGCAGACAUCAAGUUCUGUAAGGCCUUUUGGUCAAUCCCCGAGUCUCCAAUUCUGCAUCAAUUGAGAUCAUUCACGUUUCCCCAUGUUGAGGUGAGCGAUGUGUUCACCCUGCCGGCAGAAAACUUUGAGCUUCCUCUUACUGAUGAGUCAGGGGAGACUGCCGUAAUUACUCCACCCUGCGCUCACACCGGCCCCGCCCCUGUGUCUGUCCGGCUCAUAUCACACGCUAUGCGGGAGGGAAUGGAUGUUAUGAGAAGUCGUUUCCGGCCAAAGACUGGCAGUUCAAAGAAAGAGGUGUUACCUAAGUCGCGGAGCUUGUUGUUCCAUUGUCAUGGUGGAGGGUUUGUGGCCCAAUCAUCCCAGUCACACGAGGACUACUUGCGACUGUGGUCACGUCAGCUGGAGGCCCCUAUCCUGUCAGUGGACUACUCCCUGGCCCCUGAGCAGCCCUUUCCCCGAGCACUGGAGGAAACCUUCUACGCUUAUGCCUGGGCCCUCAAUAACCAUGAUAAACUGGGUUGGACGGGAGAGCGUGUGUGUUUUGCUGGAGACAGUGCGGGAGGGAACCUUGUUGUAUCAACGGCACUGCGGGCAGUGUCCUACGGUAUACGAGUCCCUGAUGGAAUCCUGGCGGCCUACCCCGCCUUACUCGUGCAAUACACACCAUCACCGGCCAGACUCAUGUCCAUGAUCGACCCUUUACUGCCUGUAGGGAUUCUUACCAGAUGUCUUGCAGCAUAUGCUGGAAUAGCUGACAAGUUUUCCAGUGCUCUUGCAGCGCCAGUAUUCUGUAACCCUGGAAAGGUUGAAACCUGGGAGGUUGUGAAAUCUUCAGAAGCCCCAUUGGAUAAUGUAAUAAAUGAACUGGCCAAUCACAACGCAGAUGACAAAUUUGCAGAAUCUGGUCAAACAGAGGACACCAAAAAGGCUAGGGAUGAUUGUGGACAUAGUGCCAUUGGUAAAGAAAAAGUGAAAGGUAGUUGUGAUAGUGGUGAUGAAUUGUCUGAAAAUGACUUUAUUGUGUAUGAUUGUGAUGGGAAAGAGGAAGAAAGGGUAAGAGUUAGCUCUAACAAAGAGAAUACUGUUGUAAAUGAAUUGGUUACUGGAAUUGAAGUCUGUGAUAAUAUGAAUGUUGAUGGAGUAGAACUUGUAUGUGAUAAAGGUAAAUCUCUGCCAGUGAACCAAUUGGUUGCUGAAGAUUGCGUCUGUGAUGAAACAAUAGAUGAUCAGAAAAGUGAUAACCUAUACCACUCAUGUGAUAAAGGUCCAAAACAUUUUGCAAGUGUCGAUGAAUUUCUUUCCAGCUUAGAUUCAACAGCCAGAAUAGAAGUUGAGUCUGAAAAAGGUCAUAAAUUGUUGGAAAGAAAACCUGCAGAAUUAUAUGCUGUGUGCAAAGAAAUGCUAGACGAUGAUGUUGAUGAUAUUGCUGAUGGUGCUAUUUCUCCUAACAUGAAAGAGAAACUUUGUCAAUCAUUGGAAAACAUAUGUGAACAAGAAAUGGAUGUUGAUGAUUUCGCAGACAUCUGUAAAAUAGAUAAUCCAGACUCAAGUGUUCAAAAAGGGAAUAGAGAUCUUUCUCAAAGUAAAUCCUUUGAGAAUGUGACUAGUAUGCCAUUAAACAAUGAACAGAUAUGCUACCUUCAAAGUCCUAUUUCUAAAAAUCGAAGUGCAGAAAAUGAGAAAAUAGAAGGCAAUUUGAAAGGUGGUAAAAAUGAAAGACACAAAAAGCAAGCCUCUGUAUCGGACACAAGUGAUAGCGGUAUCAAUGGUGAUACAGAUGUGGACAGUGGGAUGGAAGUGCAGGAUGCUUACAUUAAACUGUCCAGAGAAACAGUUAAUGAUGUCGGUGCUGAAGAUGGUGCUAAAGGUGUUCGAAGCAAAAUGGUUGCACCUCAAAGUGGUGUUAUGGAGACUAGAGCAAAAGUUUCUGUCCAGAAAAGUUUUGAAAAUAUUUCUCAAGAAAGCAAAACUAGUAAAUCUGAAACUGUAAAACAUGUUGAUGAGAGAAAAACAAAGUCAAAUACCCCGUUUGCCAAAAAGCGGCAUAUGUCCCUUGAUCUUCCUGUGACCUUCCACCCUGGUCAAAAGUCAGGGCCACCAGACAAUGUGCUCAAUUCAGAGACUCCGUUUUCCCCUCAACUAUACCCUGGUGCUCUUUCUUUUACGCCAAAGCUGUUUUCAGUCCAAAGAAAAAUUGCUCAGAGCCCUUUACAGCUGUUCCGUCAGCUUCCAAUUGUGAAGAAUUACUACAUGUCACCGUUGUUGGCCCCAGAUGACCUGUUGCUGGGCUUGCCUGAAGUCCACCUUGCAGCCUGCCACUUUGACCCACUACUUGAUGACUCGGUCACAUUUGCAAAGAAACUCAAGUCCCUUGGGAAACCAGUCAACUUGAAGGUGUAUGACAGUCUACCGCACGGGUUCUUUAACUUCUCCAGCAGUAGCACAGAGGCUAAACAGGCAACAGAUGCAUGUCUGGAGUGUAUGAAGCGUGUUCUUAAUGUAGAGACUGAAAAAUCAUCUGAUUCUCAUUAGAAAAAUCUUGAACACUUUUGAAUAAGGCCUCUACGUUAACACGUGUAAACAGCGGCAUGUGUUUUGGGGGUAUUUUCUGUGUUGUGUCACUGUGUAGGUAGGGAUGGUGGAUUUGACAUGCAAAUGACCCCCUGAUAAAAAUAGUUCAAUUUGGAUACUGACUAUUAAAACAUGUCAGACUAGUGGCCGUUCAUGAAAUCAAUGAAACAUGUAGAUAUCUACUGUACAUGUGUGUAUACUUGUGUGUAUACAUGCAGCAUUUAUUUACUUCAAAGUUCCAUAAAUGGUAUCAUUUCAUUUUAUAUGUCCUGUGUACAUGUUUACGAAAUUCUGUAAACGUAGGAGCCUUGCUUUUGAAUUGCAAAGAACAUGUAAAUGAGUAAUCUGUUAGAAUUGAGGAUUUAAGAUUUAAGAUUUAUUUCAUGUUGUUUGGUGAAAUAUAAUCGUUAAUCAUAUUGAGUUUUAUCAGUGAAAUAACAUCAGUGACUACAAAAUAAGGAAUGAGAAUAUCAAUUACUUUCAAAAUUAAUUAUUGUUUUUUCCCCUCUGAUGAAAACCGAAGUACCUCACUUUUUUAAAGAUUUUUUGAAACUGUAAAUGUUUAUCAUAAAUUGCUAGAUGUUGUUUUGUUUUUAUAACUGAGUCUUUGUUGAUGAUAAUCUAGUGUAUUUGAACCAUGAAUACAAAAAGUCUCAAGCCUGUGUUUAGAUUCUUAGCCCAUAUAGUAAAUUACACAAAAACUUAAUAUUCCUGACAUUUUGCAUAAAUAAAUGUCAGUUUCAAACAAUAGUACAAUAAAGUAAAUUUCAUCAUCACUACUCGACUAGAAAGAAAAUUGCAAUGAAGUGAAAAAUUGCAGUUUUGUCACCAGGCUUGAGACUGCAUGUUAUCAUGACCCAAAAUCAUGUAAAAAAGACAACUUUGCAAAGGAUUGUACAUUUGAUUGUUUGUAGUGUACUGACACAGGAAAAAAUGAAUCCACUUUCAAAUCUGAUUAGUGGUGUAGUGGUACAGGUGUCCGACUCUCACCCAACUGAGCAUAGGUUCAAUCCCCACCAGGGGAACACUCUCUUGACCCCUCAAAAAGGAAACAAUCCUGGUUUCUGCCUGGGAAGUCAGACCUCGAGAGUGAUUCAUAUCAACUUUCAGCUGUGUCACUAAUCUAUCUUGUAAUGUGUCUACUAUGAAUGUGUUGAUUAGUAUCGCUUGUACUUGUAAAAUAAGAGUUUGUUUAUGCUUUGUUUAUUGAAUACAAUGUAAAACAUUUCAAUAAUUACCUCUUUACAUUUCUUUUGUAUUUUUGUUUACUGUAACUUCUUUACCUCUCUCCAGAUCUGUUCAUUAGUGUUGCAAUGUUUAUACAAUAGUACAAAUAACUUUGUUUUAUCUAUUUAUUCAUUUUCUAUGUUUAUCUAUAAAUAAAAAAAAUGAUGUUUACUUCACAGCGACACUCAGACUUGAUAAGUUAUCUAUUUUUAGACUGUGUCUCUCCAUUUCCUCCAGUUUGAUUGGAAAUCUGCCAUGGACCAGUCAAACGCUACUAUCUUUGAACAUAUUCAAACCCACAUUUGCCAUUCUUGCAGAUUGUGAGCUUGUCAAACUUAUCAGAACAGAGCUCAUGUGUCUACCUCUUGGUAUUGGCCUAUCAUCCAUCUCUCCUUUUGUCUCCAUCUUCACUUUACCGACCUGUAUCACGUCCACUUACAUCAAGCCCUUGUUAGUAGUUCUUAUUAUGCAUUCAGUUAAGCGCUAGGUAUUACAUUCUUUUGUUUACUCAAACAGGAAUAUAUCUAAAGCAUUUUGAAUGAAUUACAGAAGUGAGACAUUGCAUAAGCUAAUCACUUUCUUCUUAAUUCUGUUUCAAUUACCUACGUAAUUAUUAUGCAUUUCUGUAUGUCUAAUUAGUUUAUGAAUCUAUUCUUUGUAUUCGCUUGCUCAGGCAGAAAGUUUGUAUAUAUUCUCAUGUGUACAAGUUAUUGUAAUAUUUAACACUGUUAAAACCAAAGUCGCUGUAUCAUGAUGUACAUAAUGUGUAUUUUUUUAUUUAUGGUUUUGAUAUACUACAUUGAAACUAUUUUUAUAGAUAUCUGAUUUUAAUUGAUAUUUUGCUACUAAGUUAUAAUUAUUUUAUUUUAAACCCCAGAUAUUAAAAAAAAUCUGAGCUAUUAUUAUUUACAGGUCAUUAUGAGCUCACCUGUGCUGAAGAAUAAUAAAACUUCUACCCAGGUGAGCGAUUUAGAGCCAACUUAGCCUUCAUGUUUCUAUAAAUAAUACUUGUCAUAUUAAAAAAAAAAUCCUGCAGAUAUGUAUUAUGUUAUUUCAUUCUGUUAAAUCAAUAUUGUGAUAUGCUUUGUUCAGAUAGAUGUGUACAUUAUAAUUUAUUUGUCCUUUGUUACUGAUGAAAAGUGCUUACUUUUCAAAGCAAUGUUAAAUAUAUACAUUUCUUGGUUUUCUAUGGUGUUAUUUUUUGAAGAAUUAUUAUAAAAUUUAAGGUCUGUUGUUAAUA